AUUUACGAAUUUAUAAUUUUAUAGGAAGUUUUCGUAAAAUUUUAUUUAUUUUACAAGUAAUUAAACUCUUUGAUGAAGUCUAAAAACUAAAACUUCAACCUUUUUUGUUCGUUUUAACUUUAAAGUUGUCAUUCAAUUAACAAUAGUUCACAAUUUAAAAUGAAUAUAAACAAUCUAGUUAGUAGUAGCCAUCAGUCAAUAAAAAUUGUUCCAUCUACUGAAGAUACUUUAAAAAAAAUUGGAUUGAACGUGAAUCUAGAUGAUAAUGUGAGAAUAUGGUGGCAUCAGCUUCAAAUGACGUGGCAGACCUGGAAAAUAAGUUCUACUGUUGAUAAUCACUUUGUUGCACUUUAUAACUUUGAAGAGCCUCAUAGAGUUGCUCUUGUGUGUGUCAUUAAGUGUCAUGAAUUUAAGGAUUGCAAACCUAAAACAUUGCCAUACUAUAUCAUAGAAUCAUUGCAAAAAUGGGGAGAAAUGAAUAAUCAAAUUCCAAAUGAUUCUUUAAAACUACCUGCCUUUCAUAUCGCAAAAAUGCAAAGGAAUCAACAAUUCCUUAACAUGAUGUUUCAAACAUUUAAGAUAAAAACAAUUAAGGAUAAAAUAUUACCUUUAGUGAAAGAUAUCAUAAAAAAUGAUAAUUGCAAGCUGGGAUCUCAAAUUGUUAGUGCAUUAGAACUAUAUGAUGAUAUCCCCAUAGAGGAUUUACUAUUUCCACUAAUAUUGCAAGAUAAAAUUAAUAUAGUUGAUGAAUACCUCUCAGAUUCUCCAGGUCAAGUGAAACCAUUAUUGACAUUUUUAGAUUCAUUGUUGGACAAAAAAUUUAAUAUUAGAGAGUAUGUGCAGAGAUUUCUUGAAGAUCAUACUGUUUACAAUAUUAAAUAUGACAAAUUACACCGUAAACCUCUUGGAAAAUUAGUUGCACGCUUAUGUUCAAAAUACAAUGUACCUGUUGCAACAUGUACAAAUUUAAGUAAAAACCGCACAUCUGGAGGUUUAAGAUAUUUGAUAUAUCAAAAAUAUGUGGAACACAAUGUAAGUGAUUCAGUUUGGGAUGAUUUGGUAAAAGACUCAUUAAGUAGAACGGAAGGAUGUGCUGAGGAAUUUAUUAAUAUUCUAUGUGAUUAUGAUCACACUGAAGCUUUAAAAUGGGCCAAAUUUUUAAAUAUAUCUGAAACAUGUUUACCAUCAUUCCUUAGAAACUUAUCUAUUGAAGAAACAACAGUAGAUGAAGAAAACUGGGAUGAUGAUGAUAGUCCUUCAGCCUUGUAUUAUAAACUUCCUAUAGAAGAUCACUCAAUUAUUAUAAUUGACAAAGCAGAAAAAUUUCAUGAAACUCUAUCAAGCAUUAUAGGAUGUAAUGUUGUAAGUAUUGACUGUGAGUGGAAGCCAUCCUUUGGAGCAGUACAAUCUCAAGUGGCUCUUAUUCAGAUUGCAACUCUAACAAAUGUGUAUCUUUUUGAUACAUUAAUUUUUAAUGACAAGCAGUACACCAGCUUGUGGAAUACAUUUAAUAAAUCCUUUUUGGACAAUGAUGAAAUUAUUAAAUUGGGCUUUGGUCUUGAACAAGAUUUAAAAGAAAUAAAAGCAUCAGUCACUGGCCUGAACAAUAUAAAAAUCAAAGGAGAAGGCUUACUAGAUUUAGCUUUGCUCUGGAAAAACCUUGUGGAUUGUGGUCUGUGCCUUCCUAAAUCAAAUGAUGUAGAGGGAAAGGGAUUAAGUUCUCUUGUACAGAUAUGUUUUGGGGUACCACUCAAAAAAUCUGAGCAAUGUUCUAAUUGGGAACUCAGACCACUAAGACAGACUCAAAUUUAUUAUGCUGCCCUAGACGCUUAUGUUCUUUUAGAGGUUUAUAAUUAUCUUCAAAAUCUGUGCCAAGAACAAAGUAUCAAUUUUGAAGAAAUGUGUAAUGAGGUCAUGUUAGAUAAAAAACCCAAAAACUCAAAAAAAGCAAAGACAGUAAAGUUGGAGACAACUGCAUGUAGUUAUACAAAACCAUCAAAAUGCUUACGACUUCUUAUAGAAGCAGAGUUGUCUUAUUUAAUGGGAUAUUUAAGAUAUUGUGGAAUUGAUACAAAAGUCAUAAAUACUACCAUGGCUUGGCAUGAUGCAAUUGGUUUAGCUUUAUCAGAAGAAAGAAAUAUUUUAACAUCUAAAUUAAAACUAUCAUGUACUUCUAAGUACCCCCAAAGUGCUAUAUUAAGUUUGGAUAAGGGUACAGUUAAAGACCAGUUGCAAAGAAUUCUUACCACAUUUCAUGUUAUUAUAACACCAGACGACAUUUUGACAAGAUGCAUAUAUUGUAAUGGUGUAGAAUUAAGAAAUGUAGGAUACGUUGAACUUCAAGAUCUAAAUAAAAAUGUCCAAAUUCCUGGAAAUUGUAGUAUUCAUAACACAAAUAUGUAUCAUAAUGACAAUGAUGAUCAAAUAGAUAACUUCUUUAGUGACUCAGAUGAUGAUGAAACAUAUAUUUCUCCUCCUGUCCCACCAAACUAUACACAAAUCAGGAAAUGUGUAACUAAUAAAGGAGCUCUUAUAGACAUGAGCCACUUUUCAAAAAUAUUUUCUUACUUUCAGACUAAACAGAAUGAACAUAUUCUUUUGUGUGAAAGUUGUGGAAAGUUUUAUUGGAAAGAGGAGGAGACUAUUAAAAGUAUACACAUAUUAAUUACACAGGUUUUAAACAGUAAUAUGUAACUUUAAAUACUGAACUAUUUUUUGUAAACCUGUUAGUAGUAUCUAAAGCAUGUGUUCAUCUCUUUAUUAAAUGUUAAAUUUUUUAGUUUGUUCUAGAUUAAAGUAGGCUUGAUUAGCUUAGAGUUAACUAAAAUAAAGCGCUAAUAAUAGCUUAAAUUUUUAUCUGAUUGGGAAACGCAAUAAUAAAGCAGGUGGUUUAAUUUUGUUAAUAAUUUCAAAUAGUAUUUUCAAGAGUAAGUUGUUCAGUGAUUGUUAUAUUAUACUAAGUGUAAAUUAGGUACAAAUUAUCAUAGAUAACUGGAAGGCAUUACUUUUUUAAUCCCAUUAUUAAUACUAUAUUAGUACUUAUACAAUAAAAAAGUCUUAUACUGAUGAGAACAAGACAAUUAAAAAAUAUAAUAGACAAACAUUCUU